UUUUAUUUGAUUGAUCAGACAAGUGCAGGCCAUCACAGAGUGCACAUCAUGGAGCUGCUAAACAAACCACUUGUGCGUAUUUUUUUUAGAGCAAACGUGACACUGUUUCACAAGAAGAGCUGCUUAUCGCUGUUUACUAGUAAAUGAUGAACUGGACUCUGGACUUCUGACCUGCAGCUGCUGCGUGGUUUUAACUGCACAGUCUUGGUGUCUCUCGGGAAAGAAUUAUGUUGUCGUUGGUUGUUGUCGGUGUUUUUCUAUCCGUGGGUCACUCAGAUCCCGCUGUGGACUCCUCCUAUGUUGCUGCGGUCUACGAGCACCGCGUCGUCCUGAACCCGGAGCCUGGAGUCCCUCUGAGCCGCAGCGAAGCUCUGCAGCACCUGAAGAGGAACCUGGACAUCUACGAGGAGCAGGCAGCCCGGGCAGCCCAGCAGGGGGCUCAGAUCCUCGUGUUUCCAGAAGAUGGUCUCCAGGGUUUCAACUUCACUCGCUCAUCCAUCUCCAGCUACCUGGAAACCAUUCCUGACCCCCAGCAGGAGAGCUGGAACCCUUGCACAGAGCCGGGCAGACAUAGCAACACAGAGGUUCUCCAGAGGUUGAGCUGUAUGGCCCGUCGGUACAGCCUCUAUCUGGUGGCAAACAUGGCCGACCUGCAGCCCUGUCCCCUGCAGAGCGCUCCGUCCUCCUCCUGUCCCCCAGAUGGACGCUGGCAGUUCAACACUAAUGUGGCUUUCAGUUCGGAUGGGCUGCUGGUGGCACGAUAUCAUAAAUACAACCUGUACUUCGAGCAGGCCUUCGACAAACCCCCACAGGCUGAGAUCAUAACAUUUGAUACGCCUUUUGCGGGAAAGUUUGGCCUCAUCAUCUGCUUUGACAUCCUGUUCCGUGAUCCUACAGUAGCCCUGGUGGAGAGGGGUGUACGUCAGCUGAUCUUCCCCACAGCCUGGAUGAACCAGCUUCCCCUCCUGGACGCCAUCCAGUUUCAGCGGGCGUUCAGUCUGGGUGCUAAUGUCACCGUGCUGGCUGCAAACAUCCGCAGGGACCGACUCAUCAUGUCAGGAAGCGGAAUCUACACACCUUUUUCUGCCACCUACCACCACGCAAAGAAAGGAGAGCCAGAGGAGGGGAGGCUGCUGGUGGCAAGAGUGCCAGUGUUAGACCCACUGUGGGUGGGACAGGGUAUAGCUACAGAGUCCACCUCAUCAUCAUCAUCAUCAUCAUCAUCAUCAUCAUCAUCAUCAUCGGCUACAGAUUCUGGUUACUGCCACCAAGACAGCUGCACUGAUCUUCCUCCUCCUUCUUCGGUCCCUCCCUCCUACAUCACCUUCACCUCAUCCAUGAUGUACGACCCAUUUAAAUUUGUCCUCUUAAACAAGACAGAGGACAAACUUCAAGUGUGUGACGGCACUUUCUGCUGUCGCCUGCAGUACAAGUUUCUAACACAAGGCGGCAGUAAAGAGCUCUACGCUCUGGGUGCGUUUGCAGGAACUCACAUUGUCAACGGACGCUACGCCCUGCAGGUGUGUGCAGUAGUCCGCUGCGCAGACCUGGACACCAGCUCCUGUGGACAAGAGGUGGAAGAAGCAGAGUCGAAAAUGGAGUUUGUGUUAGAGGGGACGUUCGAGACCAGAUAUGUGUAUCCAUCAGUUUUGACGAGCAGUCUGGUCCUGGAGCAGCCACAGACUCUGGAGAAAACUGCAGAUGGCAGAGUGACCAUGAAGCACUGGAACAUGACAGGUGGCCUAGUUACUGCCUGUCUGUAUGGACGAAUGUACCACCUGGACAAGGAAUAGAUGUGCGGCAAAGAGAGGGGCACUAAAUAUGUUUUAAAUAAUAAAAAAAAAAGUAAAAAUGUUUCUAUCAA